UAUGAUUUUGUCACUCCUUUGUUUUAUUGGAUUCGUAGCAGGAGCCCCUGAAGAAGAUUUGGUUGAUGGGUCUACAUGGGCUAAGUUCAAGAUUCCAUAUUCAGGAAAGAUGUAGGGGAUUAGAGUUAAUUCUUAGGUAUUCUGGGUAUUUGCCAAUCGAUGACGCUGGUAAAAAGCAAUUCCAUUAUUUUGCUUUUCCAGCUUUUAGCUUAGCUGGACCAUUGUAAGCUACAUUUCCACUUGUCUUGUGGUUAAAUGGAGGUCCUGGAUGCUCAUCUCUUUAUGGAGCCAUGGUGGAAAAUGGGCCAUUCACAGUAGAAUUGGGUACAAAUAAUUUCAAAUAAAAUCUGUUCACUUGGUUGAAUUUUGUAUUAUUGAAUGUAUAUUUUGAUAGGCUAACAUGUUUUACUUGGAGAGUCCAGCAGGAGUAGGAUUUUCUUUCGGAAAUACAACGACCGAUGACAAGAGCACAGCAAAGGAUAAUUUGAAGGCGGUGCUUGAAUUCUUUAAGAAAUUCCCAGAAUACAAGAGCAUAGACUUUUAUAUUGCUGGUGAGAGCUGGGCUGGAAUCUACAUUCCCACAUUGGCAAAUGAGAUCAUUGAUUACAAUGCCAAGGCAGCAAUUGGAGACAGGAUCAGAUUGAGGGGGUUGAUGAUUGGUAACGGAUGCACAGAUCCAACAGAAUGCACAGAUUUGGGAUUCAACUUCCCUGUGCAUUUUUACAAGUUCCUUCAUAAUCAUGGAUUCAUCAGUGAGAAAUUAAAUGACAAGAUUGAAACUAUGACAAGUUACUGUCACAUGAAAUCAAUUCCAGAAUGCAUUGAAAUCUUAGGAGAAGUGAUGGAACAAAUCAAUGGAUUUGAGUACAACUAUUCAACUUAUUAUUAUAGUGAUUUCUAUUUUAAUCCAUAUAAUGUAUAUGGAAAAUGCUAUCAAUUGCCAUAUUUGAAUGAGAAAGGAGAAUUAGUGAAAGACAAGAGAUUCAAAUUACACCCAAUGAUGGAGGGAGUGAUUGGAAAAGUCAAUGAUUGCUCUGAAUCCGAAGCCUUGUUCCUGUAUCUCAACAAUGCAGCAUUUAGAAAGGUACUCUCCACAUAUCUAUAUUCUAGGCUUUGCAUAUUAGAGAGGACGCUGGAUAUUGGAAUGACUGCUCAAAUAUUGAUUACAAGAAGGAUCCAGGAGCCACCUAUCAUUUAUAUCCUAAACUCCUCAAGAAUGGAAUAAGGAUCUUGAAAUUCAGUGGUGAUGUCGAUGCCAUAGUUCCCAUCACUGGUACUUUGUAUUGGAUCGAUAAAUUGUAGAAGGAACUAAGUAUAUAUCAAUCAUUAUGCUUUAGACUUACCAACCAUUGAGGAAUGGAGACCUUGGUAUAAACCAGGAGACAAAGGAUCAGAGCCACAAAAUGCUGGUAAUGUCUGGGAAAUCGACGGUUUGACCUUUGUUUCUAUAAGAAAUGCUGGGCACAUGGUUCCUAUGGACCAACCUGAAGCUGCUAGCAUCAUGGCUAGUCAUUUCAUAUUUGAGAUGCCUUUACCAUCAGAUAUACUGUGAUGGAUAUAUAUAUAAUGUGUUGCAUUUAUAUAAUUAAUU